GGAUGAGGCUGGCUCUGGGAAAAACUGACCCAGAGGGACAGAGGGAGGGGUGAAAUGUGUAUGUGGGGGGACACUGUGAGAACAGUAAGGGGGCUGGGAAAAGAAAUUAGAGGGGAGGCGCUGGCCAGCAGAGAAGGUCGGAGCUGAGCUGCCCUGGUGGAGGUGGGGGUGCCGUGUCCAUAUAAGGCGGGUCAUUGGCCCCUGCUCUCCCCGGGCCGCAUCCCAAUGACUGGACGCGGCGACAUGGAUCCGCCUGCCGCGUUCUCGGGCUUCCCGGCCCUGCCCUCGGUCGCGCCGUCGGGGCCGCCGCCGUCGCCGCUCCCCGGAGCCGAGCCGGGGCGGGAGCCCGAGGAGGCGGCAGCGGGCCGCGGGGAGGCGGACUCCACACCCACGCCGGGCCCGGGGCGGCGGCGGCGGCGGCCCCUGCAGCGCGGGAAGCCGCCCUACUCGUAUAUCGCGCUCAUCGCCAUGGCGCUGGCGCACGCCCCGGGCCGCCGCCUCACGCUGGCCUCCAUCUACCGCUUCAUCACCGAGCGCUUCGCCUUCUACCGCGACAGCCCGCGCAAAUGGCAGAACAGCAUCCGCCACAACCUCACGCUCAACGACUGCUUCGUCAAGGUGCCCCGCGAGCCGGGCAACCCGGGCAAGGGCAACUACUGGACGCUCGACCCCGCGGCCGCCGACAUGUUCGACAACGGCAGCUUCCUGCGGCGCCGCAAGCGCUUCAAGCGCGCCGAGCUGCCCGCGCACCCGGCCGCGCCGCCGGGGCCGGCGCUCCCCUUCCCCUACGCGCCCUACGCGCCCGCGCCGGGCCCCGCGCUGCUCGCGCCGCCGCCCCCCGCUGCCGCCGGCCCCGCGCCGCCCGCGCGCCUCUUCAGCGUCGACAGCCUGGUGAGCCUGCAGCCCGAGCUGGCAGGGCUGGGCGCCUCCGAGCCGCCCUGCUGCGCCGCGCCCGACGCCGCCUUCGCGCCCUGCGCGGCCGCCGCCUCCCCGCCGCUCUACUCGCAGGCCCCAGACCGCUUGGGGCUGCCCGCCACGCGCCCCGGCUCCGGCCCGCUGCCCGCCGAGCCCCUCUUGGCCCUGGGCGGGCCGGCAGCGGCGCUCGGCCCGCUCAGCCCCGGGGACGCCUACCUGAGGCAGCCGGGCUUCGCGCCGGGGCUGGAGCGCUACCUGUGAGCCUCUGUCCCACGCGGGCCGCUCC